AUGGGCAAGACCUUUACUUAUCCCAAGCGGAGCACCAAUACGGUCAAGCGCUAUGCUCAUCGAGCAACGUACGAUGUAGCCGCCAUUCACUCGAUCGUCAAUUCAAGCCAGGUUCUCCAUGUCUCCUUCAACCCAGGCCCAGAGGACCCGUUCCCAACAACUCUGCCUAUGAUCGGCCAGAUGGGUUCUUUUGAAUACCCCUCUGCUGAUCUUGGCGAGCCUCUGGAUUGCUAUAUCCAUGGGUAUGUCAGCAUGCGAAUGGCGAACAUCGCCCGUGAUUCCGAGGAAGGGCUCCCCGUCUGCAUCUCAGCAACCAAAGUAGACGGACUCAUCCUUUCCCUCACACCCUUCUCGCACAGUUACAACUACCGCUCGGCUGUUCUCCAUGGCUAUGCCAAGCUGGUCACCGACAACGAGGAGAAGGAGUGGGCGAUGAAGAUGAUUACCAACUCCGUGGUCCCAGAGCGAUGGGACAACAGCCGUACACCGCCGGAGAAGAGCGAGCUGUCCUCGACUUCAAUUUUGAAGGUUAGAAUCGUCUCGGGCAGCGGAAAGGUCCGCGACGGAGCUGUUUCGGACGAAAAGAAGGAUUAUCAGGAUGAGGCUGUCACAAACCGUGUCUGGACUGGCGUGGUUCCUGUCUACGAGGUUCUGGGCGAGCCUAUUCCGGACUCGCUUAACAAGGUAGCAAAGGUCCCAGACUACAUCACAUCCUACGUGGACAGUCGUAGCCAAGAGAGCCGGGAGUACGCCAUUGCCGCUACGAAGAUUAAUCUGCCCAAGGAGGAGCAGCAUUAA